AAGGAAGCGAAGAAGUGAAAAAUAAAAAUGAAGAUAAUUUUGGUAGAUUAAUACAAAUAGUAGAACAAGUAGGCCAACGUAUGAAUACACUUGAAUCUAGCAUACAUGCGAAUGAAAAUAAAAAAUAUAAUAAUAAUUUUAAGAUAGUUACGCAUAACGUACGAGGAUUCAAUGAUACAGUUAAACAAAAUCUUUUCUUUAAUUAUAUCAAAAAUGAACAAUUCGACAUAAUGGGUAUAGCAGAAACAAAUUGUGGUGAAAGCAAGGGGCAAUGGUAUAAAGACAAUAAGGAUAAAUUUCGUAUCCACUGUUCGGGUAACGGAAAAGGAACUGGAGUAGCCUUAAUAAUUUCAAAAACACUGAAUAAGUACGUGUGUAAAAAAAGAGAAUAUGAGGGUAGAGCAAUUUGCGUAGAUCUAGUUCUUCCAAGAAAAAUGACAGUCUGCGUAAUGCAAAUUUAUUUACCAAUACCAUCACUUGCAAUAGAUCGAAAUAACAAUAGUCACUCACAAUUUCCAGAAA